CUUGGAGAUAAUUACACCCCUCCAACAAAUGUGGUUCCAGAUAUCAUGCCAUUUAACUGCCAGUGGAUUCUCUCCGUGUUGAACAAGGCCAUAUCAAAAACUGUGACAUCACUAGACUCGUAUGAAUUUUCUGAUGCUGCUACUGCAGUAUAUUCAUGGUGGCAGUUCCAGUUGUGUGAUGUGUUUAUUGAAGCCGUCAAGCCCUACUUUGCCAGUGAUGCUCAAGCAUUUGCUUCUGAAAGGAGUUAUGCACAAGACACCUUGUCGUGCUGGACAAAUGAGAAAGUAGAGUAUGAGAUGGAUAUGAUUGAGUCAGCCGUGAAAUCACUCAGGUCACUCAGGGCGUUGAUGCCUGCAAAAGAAAGGCAUGAAAGCACUCUCCGGUUGGCGUGAUGAGUUACGUAAAGACAUUGAACAGCCGUGUAUGCAGCAAGCUGGUCCUGGUUACCUUGCUGUGGCUACUCGAAUGCAUUUUCAGAGGUA